AUGAAACGAAAGCUGGAAGAGGACGACGACGCCGUAGAGAAGCCCUCCUCCUCUCCUUCUUCCUCUGCUAUCGACACUAUCAUGAACACUGCAGACAUAGUUCUGCAGAAAUCAUCUCCUAAACUCUCACAGAAGCAAGACUACAUCUUCCAUGGAGGGAGACGCCAUGUGAGGCCGUAUUACUUCGAGUUCAUCUCUCAUGUGAAUAAACGAUGGACUGGGAAAACAAUAGUGGACUUGUUCGCUGAUGAAUUUAAAGGCAGACAUCGUGAUUACUAUGUUGGGGCAGUCAAAAGUGGAAGAAUCAAAGUUAAUGGAGAGACUGUACCAGUUUCUUAUAUUGUCAGAAAUUCUCAAAAGAUCACUCAUUUCGUCCACAGGUUGCAUGAACCACCGGUGAUGACUGAUGAUGUUGAGAUCCUUGUGAAUGAACCUGAUGUUGUUACUGUCUGCAAACCUGCUUCUGUUCCUGUGCAUCCUUGUGGUCAAUACCGUAAAAACACAGUUGUUGGAAUCCUUGAUGCUGAGCAUGACCUCGGCCCUCUAUUUCCUAUUCACCGGUUAGACCGUUUGGUUUCUGGAUUGCUCAUCAUAGCUAGAACUGCUGCCAAAGCUGAUUUUUUCAGGAAGCAGAUUGAGGGUGGAAUGGUGAAGAAACGUUAUAUCGCAAAGGUUAUAGGCGUGUUCCCAGAAGAUGAGAAAGUAGUCGACGCCAACAUAAAUUAUAAUGGUAGUGAAGGAAGAAGCACAGCAGAGGACGCCAAUUCGACUGGUGAUGAUAAGAAGGUGAAGGGGAAGCCUGCGUGUACCAAGUUCACCAGAAUCGAUACAAAUGGAACUCAUAGCCUCGUCUUGUGUGAACCAGUGACAGGAAGAACUCAUCAAAUACGAGUGCAUCUACAAUAUACAGGGCAUCCCAUAGGGAAUGACCCGCUUUAUCUCAAUCAACAAGUGGAUGAUCUCAAGACCAAGAUUGCCAAAAGAAUUGAUGCAGAUGAGAGAAAGAUGGUCUCCCCAGACGACUACGUGUAUUCCAGUGAUGAUUUCAGCAUCGAUCCAAUGUGCACAAACUGCCCAAAGUUGAUCCCACAAGGGUACGAGGAGCAUGACGAGGCUCUUUGGUUGCAUUGCGUUCGAUACUCUGGAACAGGAUGGGAGUAUGAAUGUCCUUAUCCAUCUUGGGCAUCCCUUUAA